AUGCCUCGCUUCAAAAACAAGCCGGAGCAGCAAGUAAAUCCACUGCAGGAAGGCGAGCUGGACGACUUCAAAAACUGGGUACCGCCGUGCAAAGUUUGCGGAGACAAAAGCUCUGGUGUCCAUUACGGACAGAGAACUUGCGAAGGUUGCAAGGGAUUCUUCCGCCGCGUGGAAAAAGCAAAGAACAAGAUUCAAUGCAAUGCGGAUGGAAAUUGCGAGAUCAACAUUCACACAAGAAACCGCUGUCAAUUCUGCAGAUUCAACAAGUGCAUCGCUAUUGGCAUGAGUCGUUCAGCGAUGAAAUAUGGAAGAAUGACGAAACGCGCUAAGGAUGCCAUUUACCAAGAGUACAAAAACGACAUGUGCGCCAACGAUGAAGAAUCUGGGCCAGAUACUCCGAGCUCCAUCGACAAUGAUUCGAGCUUCAUUCAAUCCAUGGAUCCUCAUCACGUCGUGACGACGCUUUCAAACACCGCUCACGCAUUCCUCUCCAUUUUCCCUCAAAAAGAAGAACUCAGUUCUGAGCUGGCGGGGGACUUCACGAUUUCCUGGGACGAUUUUCUCGCUGAUUUCAAUUGCAAAAUCGAGAAAGUGGUCGCUUUUUGCAAACGACUAGACGAUUUCAAACGCCUAGAAGAGCUUCCAAACGGCCAGAGUGAUCAAAUCAAGCUCAUUGCAAAUCGCUUCUUUUUCGUGAUCAUCAUCAACCUCUCCCGGACCCUCUACCACGACGGCUCUUUUCUCAUCAACGAAAAGAGGGUGACCGAAUGGAUGCUUUCCACAGUUUCCUUUUCUCAAACAAAUGUUAUUCGAACUUUGAUUUCCGCCAUGACCCAGCUCUCUUCCUGCCAUUUGACUCCUGAACAACUUGCUCUUCUUUCAGCAGAAUUCAUUUUUCAAAGAAAUAAUUUGGAUGUUCAUAACGCUUCGGAAAUCGACAGAAGCGCCAUGUUCCUCAAACGAAUCCUGAUCUUGAGCAUACAGCAGUCCCACGAUGUUGACGAUUUCGUGAUCAAAGAAUACCUCAAGAGCAUCUCCGACUCGUUCCACCACGCUUUUUCAACAUUCAGAUGCUUUUGCCUGGAAACCUUGCAAGAAAGAAACUCGGCCCAAAUGCUCCCGCCUCUGCUCCGCGAACUCAUUGAUUAUGCCCAGACGCCUACUGUCUAA